ACCUGAUAUUCGUCCAAAAAGUUGCGGGAAGCAACUAAUAAUGUAAACUAUGUUACAGUAUUAUAAGAAAGUGUUAUAGAAAGAAAGAAAUAACCUUAAAAGGUAUCAAAUUAGCGCAUUUGUCCAGCUUACUCGUUAUGCGACUAAAUAUAUUCUUUGUUUAAUUAUAGAAGGCCUUUUGAACAUCUGGUUAAUUAGAUUAAAACAUAAGAAAAGAUUAUAAGAAAUAAGGUUUCGCGGAUAUAACUCCGAGCCCUGUCCGUUGUUCCUUCAGUUUGUUCUUAGGUUGUCUGUGAGACAGACAAAAUGUUUCCUAAUGAUAGCAAAGUCUGUGUAUGUCUUUUCAACUGUUAUACUACAGCAGAUUUGUUAGACAAUGAGACUGGUGAAGAUGUUCUUCGUUAUAACGCAACGUUGGCUAAAUCUCGCAUUGUAGACAAUACGUCAGAUUUAGCCACUGUCGUUGGAGUUCUGAUUGCGGUUUUGGUGUACAUAGCAAUAAAUGUCGAGGAAUUACGAAUUGAAACAUUACAGAAGUUCACAAAACAUAAAAUAACACAAAGAGCCUUAGUUUUAGCACUUUUGAUUCUAACUUCGCCGAUCAUAUUUUCUUUUACCUUAAUAUCGUUAUUUUACAAAGUGACGUGUUACUAUAUUAUAAAAGCCAAUGACGUUAACUUUGCAUCGUUUCUCGAUGGUUUUGAUGUUUUCUGGAGUUUAGAAGACGAUGACUCUAGAUGUGUUAUUAACGUGUUAGGUAUCGUUGAAACGAAUACUUCAGAUAGUUUAGUAUCAAGAAUAAAACAGAAACUUAGAAUCGUUAUUACCAAUAAGAGCUGCAAUAAGCUAUUUUAUAGACGAAAUGAGAAAUACGGAUGGUACUACUGGAGAAAUUAUUCCGAAAUUGAUUUAAAUGACUACGUAAAAGUUCUUAAUAUUGGAAAUAAGAAAGGUUCUAUUUCAAAAGAAGAUAUAGAAGGUGCAAUGACUGAAGUAUCUUACUUGCCAUUACCAUUCAACGAUACAGGGUUAUUUCAAAUCUUUGUAACCGAACAAAGAAUAGAAAAUUGCGAAGGAGAGAGAAGUAACUACGGUAUAAUAUUUAGAAUUCAUCACGCAGUGGGUGACGGAGUAGCAUUGAUUGAGUUUCUUUGCAAAACACUUGCAGACGAUGUUAAAAAUGAUCAAAAAUUUUCCAUGCCCAGUAACUACAUACCUAUUGACACAUCAACAACUUUAUUGGAUAAAGUAAAACAGUUGUGCUCAAUGCCAAUAUGUUUCGUUGAUGGAAUACUAAGAAAACCAGAUCAACAUUCUUUACAUGGUCCUUCUUUGAUUGGAAAAAAGAUAUUUAAAUGGACAGAUCCAGAUGUAGAUCUAUAUCAGAUGAUCAAAGACAUAAAACAAUGUAAAAAGAAUUUAAAUUUCUCUGACAUUCUGGCAACAUCACUGUCUAGUGGCUUAAGAAAUUUUUUCUCAAAGACUAUGGAUCACAUACCAGAGGAUGUAGCAGUAAUUUUGCCCAUCAGACUGCCAGAACAUUUAACUCGAAAUGAAAAUAUAUUUAAAAAUAAUUUUACUGUAACGAUCCUUGAUCUACCAACCAAAGAGAAAAGGCAAAUUAAAGAAAUAAGAAGACGAUGCAAUAUAGUUCGAAAAAGUGUAGAUCCCACCGUAAACCAUUAUUUUUUAAAAGUUUGUUACCUCCUACCGAAACAGAUUCUACGGCCUAUUUUUAAGAGUAGCCAAGCUACGUUGGUAUUCAGUAACAUGCCCGGUCCAGACUCUAUAAGUAUUUGCGGUGGAAACUCAUUAAAAAGUUUAAUUUUUUUCAUACCUAAUAAAGGGAGUACAGGUCUUGGUAUAUCAGCUCUUUGCUACGGUGGUGUUCUGCGAUUCUCCGCGAUGGCUGACGCAAGUAUAGUGAGGACGUCGGACCAACUAUCGUUGAUACUUGACGGCAUGGUUGAUGAAAUUAAACAAAUGCACGAGUUAUAUGUGAAAUAGAUAGUAUAUAACAUAAUAAGUGUGUUAAAAAUUGACAAGCUCUGGCUACUCAGUAAAAGGUAUGGAGUCUGCCAAAUUCCCGUCAAUUAAAGAUAAAACACAAC